AUGUCUAAAUGCGACAAUUGUGAUAAGUCCAUAACAAAAAAGUCACCUAGGCUUGAGUGCAACAAAUGUGGAAAAAUAGUACACGCCAAUCAAUUAUGCACAGGCCUAUCUACGAAGCAGCUAUCAGCUCUGCGCAAUGCUCAAAACCUGGAGUGGACAUGUGAAGACUGUCGUAAGGAAUCACCUAAUCGUAAGUCUUUCAUAAUUCCGGAGGACGAUGACGAUGACACUGAUGGGAAUCAGCUGGGCGAAAGCGGUUCGACAGCGAUGAGUAAAUUACUUCGUGAUAUCUCACUUGAGGUAAAGAAAGCAGUGAAGAAGGAAUUGGCUUCUGUGAACGAAUCCUUAAGCUCAUGGUGUAUAAAAAUGGAUACUAUAAAUGAUACACUGGAAAUCCUGACUGAGAACGUUAAAGACUUGGAGAAGAAAAACAUGUACUUGACAAAUCAAAAUACCCACCUGGAAUUAGUAAUUGGACAAGAAAUCAGAAAUAUGUAA